AGCGGAGCGUCAACGCAGUGGGUCAAGCAGCAUGCAUUAGUGUGAUUACUGACGCCUGCUGCAGUACAGGGAGAGGAAGAAAGCGUUUUGGGGGUGGUAAGGGUGAGAGAGGGUGAGAGAGAGAGAGAGAGAGAGAGUGGGAGCUUCCUCUCAGUCUCUACAGUAUGUGAUCGCCGGGCUGCUGCAUUACUCUACAAUGCUGUUUCUCUGUUGCCCUCCACUCCCUUCCUCUCUCCUCCGCUGCAUCUCUCUCUCCAGCCUCCCCUCCGACUGCCUCGCGGCUUUCUGCCCUGCCACGGCGCGUCCCUCUCCCUCCCUCCCCUCGGCUCCGCUCUCCCCCGAGUGACGAUGACAUCCCCGAAUUUGAUGAACCAGCAAAGCUCCCAUUCUGCCUGGUGGCUUCCGAGGGAGACCCCACAGGAACGGGCUUACUGGACGAGGAGGCGCCGCGUCUGAAGAGCAUUGUGGAGAAGCUGUCAGCUGUAGCAGCGUCUGAAUCAGUGACAACUCAUCCAUCAACUCUGCCAGAUAAGACCGUCUCCUUUGGAAAAGGCUCAUUCAAGAAUCCGAACAGAAGGACUCACAGCUGGACACAUGUCACAGGUAUUACUCUUCACAUGGUCGAGCCGGAGAUUUCACUUUUCCAGGGGAAGAUGUCUGACCUUGAGUCAGUGCUGCAGCAGAAGGAUAUAGAGUUGAAGGCCUCGGAGACCCAGAGGACCAUCCUGGAACAGGACCUGGCAACCUACAUCACAGAAUGCACUAGUCUGAAGCACAGUCUGGAACAGGCUCGUAUGGAGGUCUCACAGGACGACGAUAAAGCUCUGCAGCUCCUCCAUGACAUCCGGGAGCAGAGCAACAAGCUUCAAGAGAUCAAAGAGCAGGAGUAUCAUGCCCAAGUGGAAGAAAUGCGAGUGUCCAUACGGCAGCUGGAGGAGGACCUGUCUGCUGCCCGUCGCCGUAGCGACCUGUACGAGUCUGAGCUGAAAGAUUCGCGCCAGAACAGCGAGGAGUUGAAGAGGAAGUCUGCGGACUACCAGCACAGGAUGCAGAAGGUCAAAGAGCAAGGCAAAGCAGAUACAGAGGAGAUGAUCACUAAGAUGGAGAAGACCAAUGCCGAACAGCAGACCAAGAUCCAGGAUCUUCAAGAGAAGCUCGCCAAGUCAUUGAAGGCCACUGCUGAGGCCACUGACCUCCUACAGAGUAUGAGAGUGGCCAAAGAUCGCAUGGAGCGAGACAUGGAGAGGCUGCAGCACAAAGAAGACUCCAGUGACAGCCUGCGUAGACGCCUCCGUGAGACUGAGGAUGGCAGGAAGACUCUUGAGAACCAGGUGAAAAGGCUGGAGAUCGUUGAUCGUCGGGAGAAUAAACUAAAGGAGGAGAUCCAGAGCAAAGCCCUGCAGAUUCAGCAGAUGGCAGAUAAGAUUCUGGCGCUGGAGGACAAUCUGCGAGAGACGCAGGGCACCGCCCAGCGGCUAGAGUCGCAUCUCAGGCAGAAGGAGAAGCUCUACGAGGAGAAGAUUAAGGUGUUGGAGGCCCAGAUGAAGGCGGACAUGGCGGAUAAGGAGAUGCUGGAGUCCAGUCAGAGCCGAUAUGAGGAGGAGGUGCGGGACAAGUGCAGCAUCAUCGGUGAACAGAAGGCGACCAUAAAUGCUAUGGACUCUAAGAUGAACAGCCUGGAGCAGAGAAUUGCUGAGCUCUCGGAGGCCAACAAACUGGCAGCCAACAGCAGUAUCUACACACAGAAAAACAUGAAAGCUCAGGAGGAGAUGAUCUCAGAGCUUCGACAGCAGAAGUUCUACCUGGAAUCUCAGGCUGGGAAGUUGGAGGCCCAGAAUGCCAAACUGGAAGAGCAUUUAGAGAAACUGAGUCAGCAGGAGCAAAGCAAUAAGAGCCGUCUGCAGGAGCAGGAAACAAAGCUCCGCGAGAUCGGGCUGGAACACGAGGAACAGAAGCUGGAGAUUAAGCGGCAGGUGACGGACAUGACCCUCUCACUGCAGGAGCGCCAAUCGCAGAUCAGCAAUCUGCAGGCAGCUCGCCACGCUCUGGAGAGCCAACUGCAGCAGGCCAAGUCGGAGCUGGAGGACACCACCGCGGAGGCCGAGGAGGAGAUCACCGUCCUCCGAGCCCACAGAGACGAGAUACAACGCAAGUUUGAUGUCCUGAGGGACAGCUGCGCGGUCAUCACCGACCUGGAGGAGCAGCUGACCACACUGACUCAGGAGAACGCCGAGCUGAACCGCCAGAACUUCUACCUGUCCAAGCAGCUGGACGAGGCCUCCGACGACAGGGAGGACCGGCUGCAGCUCGGCCAGGACGUGGACCGGCUGCGCCGAGAGGUGGCCGACCGAGAGAUGCACCUGAACAACCAGAAACAGAACCUGGGGACACUGAAGACCACAUGCACCAUGCUGGAGGAGCAGGUUCUGGAGCUGGAGACCCUGAACGACGAGCUGCUGGAGAAGGAGAGGCAGUGGGAGGCCUGGAGGGCGACACUGGAGGAUGAGAAGAACCAGGCUGAGAGGAGGACCCGGGACAUCCAGAGACUGCUGGACACAGAGAAACAGAACAGGCUCCGUUCAGAGCAACGCAACGCCGAAUCCCGUCAAGCUUUAGAGAAGGCCGUGAAGGAGCACAAAGCGGAGAUCCUGGCCCUGCAACAGGCCCUCAAAGACCAGACACUUAAAGCUGAGAGCCUCGCCGAUACUUUGAAUGACCUGGAGAAGAAGCAAGCCAUGCUGGAGGUGAACACACUCACAUGGCAGCAAAAGCUGGAGAGUGAGAGGGAUCUGAAACAGAGGCUGCUGGAGGAGCAAGAAAAGCUGCAGCAGCAGAUGGAUGCCCAGAAGACCCACAUCUUCCGUCUGACCCAAGGGCUGCAGGACGCUCUGGACCAGACUGACCUGCUGAAGACUGAAAGGACCGACCUGGAAUACCAGCUGGAAAACAUUCAGCUCCACCUGCAGGCUGUGUACUCCCAUGAGAAGGUGAAAAUGGAGGGAACCAUCACCCAGCAGACCAAACUCAUAGACUUCCUCCAGGCCCAGGCUCAUGGCGGCUCCAAGAAGAAGAAGGGUCUUUUUGGGCGCCGUCGAGAGGACCUGUUGGCCGCCAUGGCGGCUCAGGCCCAGGGUCAGGGUCAAGGUCAGGGUCCAGGCCCGGUUUCCCCCGUGCCCUCCAUCCAGCCGGUGCCUCUGCAGUACAGCGACAUGAAAAUCGCUCUGGACAAAGAGCGUUCUCGCUGCUCCGACCUGGAGGAGGCCCUGCAGAAAAUGAGGGCGGAGCUGCGAUCUCUGAGAGAAGAAGCGCUCCCGUAUAAGGAUCACGGUAACUCUGCAAACCCGGCCUCGGCGCGGCAGCAGAUGAUCAUGUCUGCCAUGGUGAAGUCACCCGAGCACCAGCAGGGUCCGACCGCCCUGGCACCCUCCAACUCGGAGCGCAGGAAGGCGACCGCGACGCCCGAGGAGAGAAGGAGGGUCACUUUUGAAAAGUUUAGCCGCCGUUUGAAGGACAGUCAGAGGGACAGAGACAGGGAGAGAGAGAGGGCGGCGCACCACAACAACACCCCUCACCGCUUCACAGUGGGACUCAACAUGAGAGCCGCCAAGUGCACGGUGUGCCUGGAUACCGUGCACUUUGGUCGCCAGGCUGCCACCUGUCUCGAAUGUCACGCACUGUGCCACCCGAAAUGCUCGCCCUGCCUCUCGGCCACGUGUGGCAUGUCCAGCGACUGCUCCCUGCACCUGUCGGAGGGCCCGUGUCGGGACAAAGGCAGCUCCCCGGGCCAGCAGCUCAAGGAGGCCAGCGGACACAUGCACCUGGAGGGCUGGAUGAAGCAGCCCAGGAGCGGGAAGCGAGGCCAGGGCUGGGAGAGGAGGUACAUGGUCCUGGAUGGGACCAAAGUAUCCAUCUACGAGACGGAGCCCAGAGAAGAUUCAGUGAAGCCACUGGAAGAGUUUGACAUGUGUUUGUCAGAUGGAGAGGUGGUUGUUCACGGAGCAGUGGGAGCGUCGGAACUGCCCAAUACCGCCAAGUCAGAUGUUCCCUACGUCCUCAAGCUGGAGUCCCGCUGUCACACCCCCUGCUGGCCGGGACAGCUGAUCUACUUCAUGGCUCCCAGUUUCCCCGACAAGCAGCGCUGGGUGGCUGUGAUGGAGUCCGUGGUGGGGGGGGCGCGGGCCUCGCGGGAGAAGGCCGAGGCCGACGCAAAGCUGCUGGGGAACUCUCUCCUAAAGCUGGAGGGCGACGAUAGGCUGGACAUUAACUGCACCCUCCCCCUCACCGAUCAGAUAGUUAUGGUGGGCUCUGAAGAGGGUCUGUAUGCCCUGAAUGUUAUCAAGAACUCUCUAACUCACAUCCCUGGCCUGGGAUCAGUCUUUCAGAUCCACAUCAUCAAAGAGCAGGAGAAACUGCUGAUGAUCGUUGGGGACGAGAGGGCCUUGUGUCUGGUGGAGAUUAAGAGAGUGAAGCAGUCUCUGGCCCAGUCGCACCUGCCCAGCCAGUCUGAACUGGCUCCUUACAUCUUCGAGACGGUGAAGGGCUGCCAUCUGUUUGCCGCGGGGAGAAUAGACAACGGGCCUUGUAUAUGUGCAGCAAUGCCGAACAAGAUAACUAUCCUGCGCUACAACGAAAAUCUCAACAAAUACUGCAUUCGCAAGGAGAUUGAGACUCUGGAGCCCUGCAGCUGCAUCCAUCUGACCAGCUACAGCAUCAUCAUCGGCACCAACAAGUUCUACGAGAUCGAGAUGAAGCAGUUUGUGCUCGAGGAGUUCCUGGACAAGAACGACGUGUCUCUGGUGUCGGCGGUGUUCGCAGCCUCGUCUCACAGUUUCCCCAUCGCCAUCAUGCAGGUGGCCAGCAGCAUGCAGAAGGAGGAAUACCUGCUGUGUUUUCACGAGUUUGGAGUGUUCGUGGACACGUACGGACGGAGAAGCCGCACUGAGGACAUCAAGUGGAGUCGUCUGCCUCUGUCGUUUGCCUACAGAGAGCCCUACCUGUUUGUCACCUACAUCAACUCUCUGGACGUCAUCGAGGUUCAGGGACACGCUUCCCUGGGGCCGACGGUGUUGGCUCACCUGGACAUCCCCAACCCUCGCUACCUGGGCCCAGCCAUCUCCUCCGGGGCCAUUUACCUGGCCUCCUCCUACCAGAACAAACUGCGGGUCAUCUGCUGCAAGGGAAGCCUGAUCAGAGAAACCGGAGAGCUGCAGAGGACCGGCUCCAGCCGAGGGAGUCCCAGCAAGCGAGGCCCCCCCACCUACACCGAGCACAUCACCAAGCGCUUGACCUCGGGCCCCGGCAGCCACGACGGCCUGCACCGGGAGCCCAGCACCCCACACCGGUACCGGGAGGGCCGCACCGAGUUCCGGCGGGACAAGUCUCCGGCGCGCCCGCUGGACAGGGAGAAGUCCCCGGGCCGGGUGCUGGACGCCCGCAGGGAGAGGUCACCGGGGAGGUUCGGGGACAGCGGGCGGCUUCACGCCGGCUCUGUCCGGACGCAGCUCGCCCCCGUCAACAAGGUGUGGGAUCAGUCAUCGGUGUGAAUCCAGCUCCACGCUGCUCCUGACUGGAGGUUGAAGACAAACUGCGGGAAGCUCUUUCGAUUCCACCAACCGAGUGCAAGCACACAUACAUGAACACCAACAUCGCUCAGCCCCCCCCACACACACACACACACACACACAGUGGAGCCUCGUCCAACAACACAUAGACCUGCACUGAGAGACACCUCCCGCGACAAUCCUGUCUUUUUCUUGGCCCGUGUUUUCAUGGGAGGAAUCCCACCGUAGAGGGGGAGGGGCGGGGGGGGGUGGGAGCCUUCGCUGGUCCACAGAUCCAGAUCAUCUACUUUAUGACAUGAACUCAAAGUUGUAAAUAUCGCCGUCUUGAGUUUUUAUAGAAAAAGGAAAUAGUCGGCUGGUGAAGCCAUGUAUAUUUUUUUUUUUUAAAUGAGUUUUUAAAGAUGUUGCAGGGAGAUCAAAGUUACGAAAUAUAACAAUACUUCAUUAGAGUCUGGAGAAGUUGAUGAUGAUAAAGAGGAGGUCGGAGGAGGCGAGACAUUUAAACCGCUGUCAAAAGCUCGUUCUACUUACACGACGCUCGGUCCUCUUGACUCGAUGGCUUUUUAAUGUAUAGCUGCUUUGACAGUCGUCGUCCGGCCAUACUUUGUGAAACAAUUAUAAAGUAUUGCUUGUGUUGUUUUGAGCAAACCUAAGAUCAAGAGACGUGCAGCUCCGCCUCUGCAGUCCGAUUGGCCGAUGCUGCCUCAGCUCGCUCUCAGGCCGCCGCCGCCGCCGCCGCUGCUGCUGCUGAAUAUGGUGCGACGUCCCGUUUCCGUGCAGUGAUUUGAAGUCUAGUAAUCGUCAGGGGAGGGAGGGUCACAUUGUGGUAUCGUUUCUUUACAGCCAGUAAAACCACAUCCAUCCAUCCAUCACAACAGCGAGCAUGACUAACUUGAUCUGGAUUUGGGUUUUUUUCUGUAUUCACUUAAAUUUGCAUUCAAUAAGUAGACGUUGAUUUUAAACUUAAGAUUUUCUUCAUUUUUAGAGAUGUAUACUAGUACAUGCAUUAAACAUGAUUGAAGUGUC